AUGUCAAUGAAGUAUCUUUCUCAACGCGUAGCGCAAAUCAUCGAUGAAGAAUUAAUGUCUCAGGCUGGAGGAUUUUCGAUAGAUCAACUUAUGGAGCUAGCAGGAUUUAGUGUGGCACAAGCUGUCGCCAAGGUUUAUUCAAAAGAAUCAUAUUCACGUAUUUUAGUUUGUUGUGGACCUGGAAAUAAUGGAGGCGAUGGUCUCGUGGCAGCGCGACAUUUAUCCCAUUUUGGAUAUAGACCGAGUAUUUUCUAUCCAAAGCAAAGUAAAAAGGACUUAUUUCAGCGUUUAGCCACGCAAUGCAAUAAUCUCAAAAUACCUUUCGUAAAUGAAUUAAACAAGCAACUGUUGAAUAAUACGGAUUUAGUGCUUGAUGCUAUAUUUGGAUUCAGUUUUUCUGGUGAGAUACGUACCCCGUUCGGAGAAGUAAUUCAAACACUUAAGGAGACUAAUGUCCCAAUUGCAUCAGUGGAUAUUCCUUCCGCCUGGGAUGUAGAGAAAGGAAACAUUGAUGGUCGCAGUUUUAUUCCAACCAUGUUAAUAUCUUUGACUGCGCCAAAAAUGGGCGCUCAACAAUUCAAAGGUAUACAUUACUUGGGAGGGCGGUUUGUCACACCUGAAUUGGACAGAAAAUUCGAGCUAAAUCUUCCUCCUUACCCUGGUAUUGAACAAGUGGUUGACAUUACUAAUUUAACGAAUGAGAGAUUAUAA